GUCAAAAGACUUCAAUACAUCAGUCAAUUUUUUUCCACAUUUUUUCCUUUUGAUAGGGUCACUUUCAAUGGAAUCACGUUCGCUUUACCACUACAACAGUCCAUCUUUAAGGCGAUGCUUCUUACCCAGAAUUGAUUUUAAAUCAUGCUAGCUUUCAUUAUUUUGUAAGAGUAAACUUGAUCUCCACUCUUCCCAUUGUUGCCAUCAUCUUGGCCUCAUCAUUUCAUGUUAUUACUGUUCACAUUUUAUGCUUCUGAAGAAGUCCCCUGAGACCUGCAAGAAACCCUCAAUUUGUUUUCUAAAGGGCAUAUAUAAUUUCGUUGUUGCUGUUCUUCCUCCUACAUAUGGCUUACUACACAAUGUUAUUAGCUUUGAUAUUCAUGUCAAGCUUCAUCAAAGCUACAGAAUCUUCUCUGGUACUGGAAGAUGGAUACACAGUGGAUACUGUACUCGAUGGCCAUAAGCUCGAUAUCUAUCCAUAUGCAAUUAUGCCUCGGGAGAAUGAUAUCAUUCUGUUAGACUCUUUAAACAGCAGUUUCUUGAGAAUGAGUCUGCCUCUCUCGCCACAUAAUGUGGUCGAACUAUUCUCUGGCUCUGGAAAUGGAAUGUCAGGACUUGCAGAUGGGGACCUAACAAAAGCUAAGUUUAAACAUCCAAAGUCAUUCACAUCUGAUGCUAAGGGAAAUAUUUAUGUGGCUGAUCAUGCAAACUUUGUGAUUCGUAAAAUCAGCAAAUCAGGUACCAUAUCAUGCUAUUAUUCUAUUCCUUAUUAUGUGAAAUUAGAAAUCAGCAAAUCAGGUGUUAGUACAAUUGCUGGAGGCAAAGCAGUCAGAUCUGGUCAUUCCGAUGGACCAAGUCAAGAGGCAACGUUUUCUUCCGACUUCGAUGUCACUUUUGUCCCCAGCAUAUGUGCUUUGUUAGUCUCUGACAGGGGAAACAAGAUGAUUCGUCAAAUUAAAUUGCCACCCAGUGAAUGCAUUCAGAAUUCUGGAUCAGGAACACAUUGGAUGAUACCAGUCACAGCAUCUUUGGUUUCGUUUCUCCUUGGUCUCAUUGUCAUGUUCUUUCUACAGCCCUAUAUUAUGGCUCGAACAGGCAGGUUCGGUCUUUCAGUACCAAAACCAGAUGCAGACCUCAUCCCUAAUGAGCAUGGCGAAACAAGUGCCGAUAUGCUGCUGUAUCAUUCUAAGCGCAAUUGUUAGUACGUGUUAUCUCAUGUAUAGUGCUAUUUUUGUGGGAAGGAGGACUCAGCAUUUCAAACCACAACAAACUUAUCAGAAAUCAGUUUGUCUGUUAGAUAAUGAUAUUUCACCUGAGAAACUUCCAAGUGAAAUGAAACCGGUCAGCAAUCUGCCAGAAGAUCUGAUUAACUUGGACUCUAACCUGGAAUCUUCUAUUGUUGGAAUCCUUGAUUCUUCAGAGCAGAAAAUAGUUGUAGAGAAGUCAAUUUUGAAACCCACAUCCAAAAACCUAGAAGAGCAUAUGCAUGCAAAUAUUUCAGCUUUUCAGUCAGGCGAAUCAAUGAUAGCAAGACGUAAUACAAGGAUGGCUGGUGAAAGGACAGUUCAAGGCAGAUUUUGAAGUUUUAGUGAAUUUAGGUUGAUUUUAAAUAACGAUUUAUAAAUGAAGCAUAAGAUCUUAUAUUUAUGAUUCUUAUACUGUUGAGUGUAUAACUAAACUAAGUGAUGCAUAUUCUCUUUUAAGUAUUUACAUAAAUGUCGCUAAUUUAGAUA